AGGAGGAGGCGACGCCCCGGAAGCCGCCUCACGAGGCCGCAGCGCGGCGGCACGAGGCGCGUGGCCCCGAGCAGAGCCGCCCCGCGCGCUGCAUGGCGCACCACGUGCCGCGAGCCCAGCGACAGGCGGGGGCGGGGCUUAUCCGGGUUGCGGGGCCCGGCAGCGCGGCUCGGGCCUAGCGGGAUGGAGCCGCAGGAGGCGGCCGGGGCUGCGGCGGGUGGCGGCGGCGCGGGGCUGCUGGAGCUGGAGCUGCCGCGGCGCGGGGCCGGCGAGGCGGGCGCGGUGGCGGCCGAGCUGGAGGCGCGGCGCAGCGGCGAGGCGCGGCGGCUGGUGCUGGCGCGGCGGCUGUCGGGCCCGCUGCCCGCGGGGCUGGCGCGCUGGUUCCCGGCGCUGGAGGUGCUGGACGUGAGCGGCACGGGGCUGGCGGCGCUGGGGGCCGAGCUGCUGGAGCUGCCGCGGCUCCGCAGCCUGCUGGCCAAGAACAACCGGCUGGGCGGGCCCGGCGCGCUGCCCAAGGGGCUGGGGCAGGCCCCGCUCGCCCGCUCCCUGCGCGUCCUCAACCUCAGCGGCAACCGCUUCGCCGAGCUGCCCGCCGCGCUGCUGGGGCUGCGGGGGCUGCAGAGCCUCAGCCUGGGCGGCAACCGGCUGCACAGCAUCCCGCCCGAGAUCCAGGCCCUCAGCAGUUUAGAGUUUUUGUACCUUGGAGGGAAUUUCAUUACUGCAAUCCCACCUGAGUUAGCAAACCUGCCUUCUCUAAGUUACCUAGUGCUGUCUGACAACAAGAUCCAGAGUAUUCCUCCUCAGCUGGCACAGUUGCAUUCCCUACGUUCCCUUAGCCUUCACAACAACCUGCUGACAUACCUCCCCCGGGAGAUCCUCAACCUGGUUCACCUGGAAGAGCUGAGUUUGCGAGGAAACCCACUGGUUGUUCGCUUUGUCCGUGAUCUGACUUAUAAUCCCCCAAGUCUCCUGGAACUAGCUGGACGCACCAUGAAAACCCGCAACAUUCCCUAUGCUCCCAGUGAUCUCCCAGGGAAUCUUGUCAGAUAUUUGAGCCUGGCCAGCAACUGCCCCAAUCCUAAGUGCGGAGGUGUCUACUUCGACAGCUGUGUCCGACAAAUCAAAUUUGUUGACUUCUGUGGGAAGUACCGCCUGCCGCUGAUGCACUAUCUGUGCUCUCCAGAAUGCUCCUCCCCCUGCAGCUCCGCCUCUCAGAGCUCCACUUCCCAAAGCGAGUCUGACUCGGAGGAUGAAGCCAUUGUUGCUGCACACAGGAUGCAGAAAGUUCUUCUUGGAUAAAAGGGAGUGGUGGACUAGAAGAGAAACAUGUCACUAAAACAGUGGAAAUGCAGAGACGGAGGCUGUUCCCUGAGGGGCUCAUUAGAAACAGUCCUCAAGUCAUGUAAGCGGCAGCACAUCUGAGCAAAUCUAGAAUUGCUUGGUGUGAUGCUGCUUAGAAGAUUUAACUCUAUGCCUUGCCUACAUGGGGAUGAUGUGGGGCUAGAGUUAUCACUAAACUACCAUGGAGAUCUGUGUAAAGGGGUCAGGGAGAGCAGACCUGCCAUGUCUGGGAAACCGGUCUAAAGGGGUUUUUGAUAGCAUGACGCUUCACUACUGUGAUUGGUUUUAGCACCAUAUGAAGCAAAGAAAGCUGUUCUUGUUCUGGGGUAUUACAUUAUGGUAAAUCAGCAAGGGUGUAACUGUGCUAUUCUGGGUGUAUGGACUCCAAUGCGGUAUUUAUCAGCAAAUCUUUCUCGUAUCCUGUUUCAACACUCUGCUCUCUCCCUUGAUUUUCACUUACAUAUUUACAUACUCCUCCCCCCAUCCCAAAAAUGAAAUUUCUUUUUGUUGGGGAUGGAUUUUUCCAAGAUCUGGCUACUGUCUUCCUUUGCUCCAGACUUAAGGUCUAUAUCUAUUGUAGAUGUUAGUUUAUUACAGCCCUAGUAUUGAGCCAGUUUGGUGUUUAUCUCCCUUUUUAUACUCGGCUGCUGUUCGUCUCUCCUUCUGACUCAUCUUUAUCACCUCUUUGCAGCUGGUGCAUCGGUGUCGCCAUGUUGAUUGGGAAUACAUGCAAAGCAUCUCACUGAGCCUUGCCACCUGUACAGAUCUAAAGCCAUAUGCCCCAGUCUAAAGAACCAAAUGCAUUGCCCUCCCCUGUACUUUAAACUCAUCUGGCCCCAAUGGAACAAAUGUGCUCCUAAACUUGUGUAAAUUCCAUAGUGCCUCUCACUUGAUCUUUCUGUUGUGUCCUCUUAUUGAGGAUAACUUCUUUUCACUUUUUACAAUAUAACUUCACAUAUUGGAGGCCACACACCAAGGCUGUCAUUGCCUACAUUAGGCAUUAAGCAAAAUCUCUGUGUGAGAAGUUUAUUACAUGGUUUCGGCAACUUGUGCCUUGAAAAAACUUACUACUUUCCUUCAGCUGAAAUAGAGAGUAAGGAACAUUGCAGAGCACUAUUCUUUCCCUCCCUCCCAGUAUGAAAAGAGAAGCUGGUAGGAGAAAGUGGAAGGCAAGCCACUUUGAGCAUGUUGUGUGGGAGACAAGUUGGUGUUGAAGGUGGUUGUAUAUUUAUUAGUUUUGCAUUCACUCUUGUUCAUGCAAUCCUUUACAUUGUUCAGAUAAUGUAUUUAGUAAUCUUAAACUGUAUUUAAAGGAAAACUGCAGAGAUUAGAUACAAUUCUGUAGCUAAAUAUUUAAUUGAGAAAUACAUGUAUCUUUUAAAGAGUUAAUGAAAUUGAUAGGUAUUUCCAUCUCUUUGCCAAGGAGAGCUGCUGGUGAGUUUGAGUGCAGGUAGUUAAUAUGAACAGUGGGAUCAUGUUUUAAAAAAAAAAAAAAAAAUCUACUUGAUGUGAAGCAGGUUAUACAGUGGCCAAUUCUUUUAUGUGCAUCUCUGUUCAGUAAGAGGCUAGACUUUCAGAAGUCAAUAACGAAUAUCUGAAUGAGUUCUGCAGUGGCCAAAUGCAAUUUCUCAUGGACUUCUGUCCUGCUCACGGUCUGCUUUUAAAAUCUUUGAUUGAAUUGUAUGGGGAGGAAUUGGCCUGUUUUUGUUCCUUUCUCCUGUUGGCAGUAAUGAAUGGAAGGGAUUUAAUCCACUGAGUAAUGAAACUUAAUCCCCACAAUGCAUCUUUGUUAGCCAGUUCAAAGAACUGUUUUUAAUGCAUUUUAUUCACACCAGGGAGAUUUUUUUUUUUGAAUAGUUCCAAAAUACUUCAAGUAGACUUCUUCAGGGUGCACUCUAAUACAGGAAUAACUCCAUCUUGGAAACCUCUUGAUUGCUUUGUUUUUCUUACGAGAGCAUUGGUGAUCUUGUACUGAACACUAAAGGAUUAAGGGGUUUUAACCCAGCCCUCUUGUGGAAUUUUAUCAUGAGCAUUGUGUUGAUUUAUAAAGUCUUAAAGGUGCCUUAUGAUUUUUAAAAGUAAAUGUAUGAAUAUAGAAUAUUUCUAACACUAUUUCAUUAUGAGCUGUAAACUGAUUGUAACACUAAGCCAAAAAUGUUAUUUCUGAAAA